AUUUCUGUUUGCCGCGCAACAGUCACAUGUCCAAACAGGAACUAGCAAUGUUGACAUCGGAAACAUAUCUUUUUGCAAUGCGCAUGCUCAUAUAGUGUCAUGGCUGACAGCGGCUACUUCAAAACGUUUUGGAUUCUGUUUUAAUUACUUUUGUGCGGACAGAAAGCAGUAUAUUUGUUUAAUCUAGUGCUGAAUGAUUAACUCAAGUAAUAUUAUUCAAAUCAUAUUACAAAUAUUUUGUAUAUUUUAGCGUUUGUCUCCACGAUUGAACAUUUAAUGUCGAAUAUGCCGCUACACUUUUCCAUUUUUGAGUAAAACUAAAGAAUACGUCAAACGGCACCUACUUUUAUAGCUAUAUCAUUCCUUUUGAAUACAUUAGGACAAAAAGGUACACUUGACUGAUGACUGGAUGCCAGCAUAGUUCUACAUAGACCAUCGUUAUAGAUAUAUAUACUGUAACAGUGCCAACACUGUAUACUAUACAAGAUGGAACCAGAUGGGGAAUGUUUUACUAGCUGUCAUGUAUUUCGUGGAAAUGAGUAUGUUGUAACGAUGGAAGUCCAGCGCAGUAGCAGUGCUGUUCUUGUUGAAGUUGAAGACAAAGUAACUGCUGACCAGUGGAGGGCUACCUUUGAUGCUUCAUAUAUUGAAGAUCUUACUCACAAGACGGGGAAUUUUAAACAGUUUACUAUCUUCUUAAAUAUGCUCGAAUCAGCUAUAAGUCAGAACAGUGACAGUGUCUCUCUAGACUUGCUGACAUAUUCUGAUCUGGAAACACUUCGUCAUCGUAAAACAGGCUCCUCCAUCAAGUCAUCGAUUCCAGCACCUCGUGCCACAACACUCAACUCCAAACGAUACCUGAUUCUCACAUACACCGUGGAAUUUGAUAGGAUACAUUAUCCAUUACCACUGCCAUAUGUGGGAAAGCCAGAUCCACGAUUGUUACAGGAGACAAUCAGAAAACUGCGGACUGAAGUAAAGAAGCUUAAACAGCAGGGUGUAUCAGAUUACAAAUCACGAGAACAUGACAAGCUACAAAAAGAGUAUACCAAGUUAAUACGUGACAAAGAUGACUUGGAGGCUGAAUUUCUCCAGUUCAGGAGAGAGCUGAAAAGCACAUCGACCGGUAAGACAGUCAGUGAAAUGAAAAUGUUGAAGGGCAUCAUUAAAAACCUGGAGGAAGAUCUGAUGAAGGAAAAGACUCGGCACCAGAGGUUGGCCAGCAAGCGAGGCCAGGAGUACAGGGAACUGUUGGAGGAGGUUGAAGAACUUAGAGCAUCGGAACGAAAUCUACGCGUACGUGUCAAAAGCCUAAUAAAUGAAAUAGCCAUUUACAAAAGAGACAGGUCGAGACCUGUUUCCAACAGGUCAAGAAACUCAGGAAUUGAGAGGUCAGCCUCUUAUGAGAGAUUUCCAUCUCGAGAGAGAUCAUUAUCACGUGAGAGACCAUACAGUGCUAGAGACCGGUCCCUGUCGCAGGACAGACUGUACGGCAGAAACCGCUCGCUGUCGCGUGAACGCUCACUGUCACACGAACGGUCGUCGUCAGCUCCCAACAAGAGCAACCUUAGUCAGAGGAACAGCUUUACAGCACCACGCAGUUUGUCUCCAUCUCCUGCAGGUUGCAGAAAUCCACGAUUUGAUCCUACAGCAUACAUCCGAGACAAAACAAGGAGAAGAAACGAAACUCGUUUGAAAAAGAAACGAGAAGUGAAAGCUAAUGUUUCCGGGAUAUCUGCACGAUCCCGGACAUCGCCACGGCACAACUUCAGUCAUUUAUCAGGUAAUAGCUACAAUAGAACAAGAACUUCCUCGUUGGGUAGUCAAGGAGACUUUAGUGAUGGCUGGGUAUCUGAUUCGUCAAAUGGCAGGUUGAGAAACUACAACAAUGGUUCAAGCAUUAACACAAACAGAUCUGGUUCUUCGUAUCUCAGAAGUCCAGGCUUGCCUCCAAAACAUUCUAGAAAAUAUGCAGACAAGAAGAAAGUUCUUGCCAGUACACCUGACUCAAACAGAGGAAAGACUCGGUCUGUGAGAAAUAAAGAAAACUACAAAGAACCAGCUAACGAUGAUGACUACUUUGACAGAUCUGCAGAAAUAUCCGAGAUAGACGAGAGGUUAAACAGACUGCAGCAGCUUAUGAAAUCUAGUCUGCCUUGACACAAACAGCAAACACUAUUUAUAAAAGUCGUUAUUUAUUGCCAAACUCUGAAGAUAUUGUUGAUCAUUCUUGUGCAGUGCAUGCAUGCUUGAUGAACAUACAUACAUACAGUUAACCGACAUCAGGGCCCCGUUCCACAAAGCGAUCUUAGGGCUAAGAUCACCUUAAGUGCAUAACUACCUUAUGUACUUCCAGUGAUCUUAGCAGUUUGAAUGCUCAGUGGAACGGAACCCAGACCAGAUGGAAGACUGCAUGAAUGUUCCAAUUUAGAUUAACAUAUCUGUCAUUGGACAGAGAACAACUGGUCAAUAACCUAUUCAAGGCUUCCCAAGUGAAAUUCCCUGUUCCCUCUAAACAGGAUCAAACCGAUAACAUACAUCACUGAGCUGUUAUUGUUUUUAUCCUACAUCUCGACAAGAAGACUGGUAAUCAACUUUAUUUCUAACUUUCAAUAUUCUUACGCUAAACAGGCAAGCUUUUUGCAGUAAGACUUCAUUCUUGUAAGUAAAAUUAGUUUUGUUUAACAUCACCACUAGAGCACAUUGAUUUAUUAAUCAUCAGCUAUUGGAUGUCAAACAUUUGGUAAUUCUGACAUAGUCUUCAAAUAAAACCCACUACAUCUUUUCCUUAGCAGCAAGGGAUCUUUUAUAUGCACUUUAAGACAGACAGGAAAGCACAUACUACAGUCUUUGAUAUACCACUUUCGGAGCACUGAUUGGGACAGGGAAAAAAUUCAAUGAGUAUCAAGUAUGUCACAUGAAAAAAAAAGUUUAUAAAUAAUUAGUAAAUAAAAUAUAUAAUUUUUGUUUAGCACAACUCAAAACUUAAAUUUCCAUGUUAUGCUGUCUUAAAAUCAGUGAUAUAGAGAAGAUGCAGUUGAAUAGCUCGUUAAAGUAAACAAGUUAAGUUAGACAUAAAUAAAUUGCCAGUAGUAGUUUAUCGCUUUGCUUUAAUUAGACAGUACAAACAGUGGUUGCAGGAUAACUCCUUUCGUAACACACUUCGUAUAUGAUGGGGACCAAAAUAUUUGUGGGCGGGGCAUAGCCUAGUGGUACAGCGCUCACUUGAUGCGAGAUCGGUCUGGGAUUGAUCUCCGUUGGUAGGCCCAUUGGGCUAAAUAAAGUACUUUUAGUGACAAAUCAAAUGUAUAUAUUUUCAGAUAAUACUUUGUUAGGUCAUUAAUUAGGUCAAUCAUUUGUGACUGAGUGCCUUUAAUGGGUUUAAAUUUUUUUUUCCAUUCCUUCAUAUUUAAUGGGGGCAGGACUCGGCACUUAGCUCAGUGGUAAAGCACUUGCCUGAUGUGAAGUCUGUCUGGGAUCGAUCCCUAUCGGUGGACAUAUUGGGCUAUGUUUCGUUUCAGCCAGUGCACCACGACUAGUAUAUCAAAGAC